AAUUGCCUUUGUUUGAAGAUAAUCAAGUGAAGUGAAGUGGCGGUUGAAAAGUGAAGUUGAGUACGAAGGGAAAGUACUCUACUAGUAGAGAGAGAAAAAUGUCGAACGCAGUGGCGAAUGGUCUGGCAGGAGCCGGAGGUGGUAUCAUUGCCCAGAUUAUCACUUAUCCCCUCCAAACAGUCAAUACGCGCCAACAAACGGAGAGAGUAUCCAAACAAUCAUUUGCUAAUUCCAAACGGCUUGGCACGCUUGUCCAAAUACUCCAGGUCAUAAGAAGCGACGGUUGGGGAGGACUAUACAGCGGCCUUAAGCCUUCUCUGCUCGGGACUGCCGCUUCACAGGGAAUUUAUUACUUUUUUUACCAGGUUUUCAAAAACAAGGCCGAGGCCAUUGCAAUUGCCCGUAGAGCAAAAGGACGCGGGGAUGGUACUAUUGGGAUGUUUUCUUGGCUUCUUGUGGCGGCUUUUGCCGGUUCCUUGAACGUGUUGCUGACAAAUCCUAUAUGGGUUCUCGUCACUCGUAUGCAGACACAUACUCAAGCAGAGAGAAAAAUUAUGGAGGAAAGAAAGGAAGCUCUCUUAAAGGAAGCUUCUAAAAACUGUUUGACAGGUUCAGCAUUGCAAGAUAAAUUGGCUGAACUUGAUUCAAUAAAACCUCGUCCGUAUGGAACUUUGCAAGCGGUGCACGAGGUUCAUACUGAAUCUGGAAUUGCCGGAUUUUGGAAAGGCAUUAUCCCAACACUUAUUAUGGUUUGCAACCCAUCAAUACAGUUCAUGAUUUAUGAAAGCUCUUUAAAGCAUAUGAAGACGAAACGUGCUGCCAGGAAGCAGGGAUCAAAAAAUGUAACUGCUUUGGAGGUUUUUUUGUUAGGGGCGAUUGCAAAACUAGGAGCAACCAUCUCAACAUACCCAUUGUUAGUUGUCAAGUCAAGACUGCAAGCAAAGCAGGAGAUCGGGGGGAAUAUUUCACUAAGAUACUCAGGUACUUUCGAUGCUAUAACGAAGAUGAUCAAGUAUGAAGGAUUGCCUGGAUUUUACAAAGGGAUGAGCACAAAGAUAGUACAAAGUGUUUUUGCAGCCUCUGUACUUUUUAUGGUUAAGGAGGAAUUCGUUAAGAUUUACAUGUUGCUGGCAGAUAAGUGCAGUAGGGUGCUGCUUAGUUCAGCAAAAUGAUUACUCCAUUGUAAGAUGAAAUUGUGUGUCCUUGAUUAAAAUGUGGAAUAUAUUUAAACUGCCAUUGCAGCCCGAGUGACCAGCUUAUGUACUUUUCACACACGCACGGACACGCAAAAACGCACUGUUACAAGUGUAAGUAAGUGUGUGUGUGUGUGUGUUGCAUGUACUCAUUCUGGGAAAUCGCAUGGGGAUCAAGGGUUCAGACUGUUAGUUUAUUACAUCCAUAAUCAUUGUAAAACAAAGGAAGCACUUCUGGACAAUAUGAUCUUAAUGAUGUUUAGAUUUAUGAACCAUCUUUCCAUCUCAA